AUGGGUCACCCAGCAGGUCUUCGCGCGGGCACGCGCUAUGCUUUCAGCCGAAAUUUCCGGGAGAAGGGAAUGAUCAAGUUGUCCACUUAUUUGCGUCAAUACAAGGUCGGAGAUAUAGUUGAUAUCAAAGCAAAUGGUGCAGUUCAAAAGGGUAUGCCUCACAAAGUCUACCAUGGAAAGACUGGUGUAAUCUACAACGUCACAAAAAAUGCUGUCGGUGUUAUUAUCUACAAAAAAGUCAAGCACAGAUAUAUUGAAAAGCGUGUCAACCUCAGAAUUGAGCACGUUUCGCUAUCACGAUCACGAGAAGAGUUCGUAAGGCGUGUCAAGGCUAAUGCCGAGUUGAAGAAGAAAUCCAAGGCAGAAGGAACUCACGUGUUCCUAAAGAGACAACCGCUUCAACCCCGGGAAGCAAGAACCAUUUCGAUGAAGGACAAUGUACCAGAAACAGUCGUACCGAUUGCAUAUGAGACGACCAUUUAG